CCCCACACACACAUCAGCUUUCCACUUGCCCUCUAGUGUGACUUAUCAGCUGUUUGGGGGUGGGAGCUAGAAGAAAACACACUGUGGAAUGCACCGCUCUGCAUGCUCAAUGAGAGGGCUGAGCCAGCUCAGGGGUUAAGAGGAGGUUUGUGAAUUAGAAGAAUAAUGAUCUUCAGUUUCUGACCUCCUGGCACGGCGGCAGUAUUUAUCAGGAGACGCAUGUGACUGGGUAAGACGCAGAGCCCCAGCUCGAAGGAAACAGCUGCUCGAGGCUUGCUGGCACUUGGCAGCUGGCAGGCAGGGUGCACCGUGAUGACAACACAAAAAAUAAAUGCCAUGGUCAAGGCUUAGAUACCAUUCAUGACUCACUGGUACAUGUGAGAUACCACUGACAUUUCCAUAUGUAUCUGCUGAGAUCUCCUGCCUUCUUUUUUGGGGUCAUGUUCCCCAAAGUACUUACUAUUUAAGUUGGAUAAGCCAGUACCACAGACUGUGUUCCCAAUGCAAUUUCCACUGAUGACAAAUGCCCUUAACAUUUUUACUGACCUGGAAGUCUGUGUGAAACCAAUAGAGUCUUGAAAUAUAACUGAGGACAGAGACCACCACUGGCACAAACAUCAGCAACUUGCAUGGUUAUGGGGAUGGUCUGUCUGAUGCUGACAAUGUUCCUAGUUCUUUGACAACGGCUGAGCAACCAUGGGGUCCAGUGGACUCGGGAAAGCAGCAACCUUAGACGAACUGCUGAGCACUUGCAUUGAGAUGUUCGAUGACAAUGGAGAGCUGAAUAACAGCUGUUUGCCAAGAAUAGUUCUACUGAUGCACCGAUGGUAUUUAUCUUCCACUGAACUGGCAGGAAAACUUCUCUGCAUGUAUCGAAAUGCCAGUGGAGAAAGCAGUGAUGAAUUUCGAUUAAAGAUCUGCUACUUCAUGAGGUACUGGAUUCUGAAAUUUCCUGCGGAGUUCAAUUUGGACCUUGGGUUGAUCCGAAUGACUGAAGAAUUCCAAGAAGUAGCUAGCCAACUAGGAUACGAGAAACACGUCAGCCUCAUUGACAUUUCCAGCAUACCUUCCUAUGAUUGGAUGAGAAGAGUCACACAGAGGAAAAAAGUAUCCAAGAAGGGAAAAGCCUGUCUGCUGUUUGACCAUCUGGAGCCCAUUGAAUUGGCUGAGCACCUCACUUUUCUGGAGCAUAAAUCUUUCAGAAGGAUCUCAUUCACCGAUUACCAAAGCUAUGUCAUCCAUGGCUGCCUGGAGAAUAACCCAACCUUGGAGAGAUCUAUUGCUUUAUUCAAUGGAAUCUCUAAGUGGGUCCAGUUGAUGGUUCUUAGCAAACCAACCCCCCAGCAAAGGGCGGAAGUCAUCACAAAGUUUAUCAAUGUUGCCAAGAAGCUCCUUCAGCUCAAAAAUUUUAACACCCUGAUGGCAGUGGUGGGGGGCCUCAGUCACAGUUCCAUUUCGCGCCUCAAAGAGACCCAUUCUCACCUUUCUUCAGAAGUUACGAAGAACUGGAAUGAAAUGACAGAGCUCGUCUCCUCCAAUGGCAAUUACUGCAAUUACCGCAAGGCCUUUGCUGACUGCGAUGGCUUCAAAAUCCCCAUCCUUGGCGUGCACUUGAAAGACUUGAUAGCGGUCCAUGUCAUUUUCCCAGACUGGACGGAGGAGAACAAAGUGAACAUUGUGAAAAUGCACCAGCUCUCCGUCACCCUGAGUGAACUGGUCUCCCUGCAGAACGCCUCCCACCACUUAGAGCCCAACAUGGACUUGAUCAACCUGCUCACGCUUUCCCUGGACCUCUAUCACACCGAAGAUGAUAUUUAUAAGCUGUCACUGGUGCUGGAGCCUAGAAACUCUAAAUCGCAGCCUACCUCCCCUACAACGCCCACCAAGCCCGUGGUGCCCCUGGAGUGGGCAUCGGGAGUGGUGCCAAAGCCAGACCCCACGGUCAUCAACAAGCACAUAAGGAAAUUAGUUGAGUCUGUGUUUAGAAACUAUGACCAUGACCAUGAUGGGUACAUCUCCCAGGAGGACUUUGAAAGUAUAGCUGCCAAUUUUCCCUUCUUGGAUUCCUUCUGUGUGCUGGACAAAGACCAGGAUGGCCUAAUUAGCAAAGACGAAAUGAUGGCUUACUUCCUGAGAGCCAAGUCCCAGCUACAUUGUAAGAUGGGACCAGGAUUUGUCCAUAAUUUUCAGGAGAUGACCUAUCUCAAGCCAACCUUCUGCGAACACUGUGCAGGAUUCCUCUGGGGAAUAAUCAAGCAAGGCUACAAAUGCAAAGACUGUGGAGCCAAUUGUCACAAGCAGUGUAAAGACCUCCUGGUUCUGGCCUGCAGGAGAUUUGCCCGGGCUCCUUCCAUGGGCAGUGGCGAUGGGUCGCUGCCUGGAAGUCCCUCAUUGCCCCCAGUGCAAGAUGAGGUGUUCGAGUUCCCUGGUGUCACUGCUGGACACCAAGACCUGGACAGCAGAGCCAUCACACUGGUUACGGGCUCUUCUCGCAAGAUCUCUGUGAGGCUGCAGCGGGCCACCACCAGCCAGGCCACCCAGACCGAGCCUGUAUGGUCAGAGGCUGGCUGGGGGGACUCAGGGUCCCACACCUUCCCCAAAAUGAGAUCCAAGUUCCAUGACAAAGCAGCAAAGGACAAAGGCUUCGCCAAGUGGGAAAAUGAAAAGCCCAGGGUACAAGCUGGCGUGGAUGUUGUUGACCGGGGCACCGAGUUUGAAUCUGACCAGGAUGAAGCAGACGUGGGUGAGACCCGACAGGAUGGUGAGGACGGCUGACUUUAGUGGAGGACACCAAAGGCGUUUGGAGCAGCAAGAUGAAAACUCAAAACAGUCCAAUUCUCAGGAAGUUACCUGAAAAAGAUAUCUGGACAUUUACUGCCUUAUGACACCGUGGGAUCUCCCUGAUUGGACUGUGGGACAGAAGCUUUACCCUAUGAACUAUUUAUUUCCUUGUCCUCUGCCCCUGGUCAGGUGCCAUGAACUGUGUUACGUAGCGGGUGGGUUUCUCAUGUAUCUCUCUCUAGAGCCAUUCAUAUACGGGUGAAAUGAAAGCUUUUGUGCAUGUACUUGACACUUACUCUCUAAACUCAGGCUUUGCUUUUUUUGUGAAAAUAUUAUUUCAGUAUUUUUAUAAACUGUUUUUUUUGGGGGAGUGUUCAAUGAGGAGUUGAUUUUGAGGGUUUAUUUGUGGGGUUUUUGGAUGGGACCAGGACUUAACAUUUUCUUGAGGGACAAGGAUGCUCUUCAGAUACUGGAAUGCAGUGAUUCUUGUAAUGAGGAUCUGUUGCAAGAAGAAACUGUUUACAUUGUUUUUGUAACAUGGUUGCUAUUAGGAUGUGUAAUAAGCCACACAUUUAUAUAUCACCUUAGUCUUACCAAUUUCGCAUCACUAAGAAGCUCUGACACAGCCAUGAAAAGUCUCCUAAUAUUUAUAAUGGCCAUAAAUUAUAAAUAUUAUAAUUUGAGAAUUAACUAUCCUUGUCCUACCUGAUAUGGAUUAGUCAUUUUUCUUAGAACUUUUAUUAAGACUGCUAUUGGCGCUCUUCCUCCUGGGAGCAUGCCCACACCUUGCUUCCCUCUCUGGUGCGUGACUCCUAAACUCUAGGGUCCCCCCACGAGACUUGCAACCAAGGGAGCAGUGGGCAGCAGCAGCUGGCCUAGGGCUACCCCCCUGACCCUGUCUGCAAAGCCCUGUUUCCUCUGACUCUCCGGUGAGCCGAAGCAGCCCCGCCUAGGCUCACUUCUUUCCUGUAACGUUCCUAGAGUGCCAAAGCA